UGCUAUCAAACACGCUACGUCUCGAAAACAGCACCGCCAUGUCUUCAUACGCGUCUUCAGAUUCUCGCCGCGUCAGUCCCGCCGUGAGCGGCGUCAAAUUUGACACGGCGCACCGCAAGAAAGCAUCGCCGAACAUCUUCGAGAACGUCAACCAAGACGUCCUGGUGAAACUCUUCGAGAAAGCAGGAGACCUGCAGGCGUUGGAGAGAGCCAGGAGCAUCCUCGCGCUGCAUCAGGAUCCCGAGGGCAUCUCCAAAGCGCUCAUGGCUCUUCAGCAGGACAAGAAGGACAAAUGUAUGCUCAUUACCGGACUGACGCGCCAGGCGCUGAAGUUUCGUUGAGGGAAGUUGUUGUUUGGGAAGCUGUGCAGAUGUGUGCACGGAGAAAGAAUCCGUGAUCACUUACUCUAUACUGGAGCCUGGUGUUCCUCAAGGCUUUGUGCUGGUGUCCUUACAGAGUCAUGCUGGUGUGCUAUGAAAAUACAGAAAGAGGAGACUGAACUGAUCCAGAGCCAGAAAGUUGAGCUCAAAGACACCAUGGAGAACAAUUGAAAUAUGGACUGAAGCCCCUGGUCAAAUUUGCUUAUGAAUAGGUUCAGUAUCAGCAGUGUUUGUAUUGCCAUGUUACAGUCUGCUUAAAAAAUAAAAUUGUUUUGACAA